CCAGUGUCUCGCUGGCCAUCCAAGGAUUGGCAAGUCCAGAUCGUCUCAGACAAGCCGCACAUGUUGGAAUUAUAUCUAAUUAAUUUGAAGUCACUCUAUCACUCCCAUCCGAAAGAUCGAAAGUCCGAAAGAGAUGAUGAUUUUGACGUACUAAACUGGUGGAAGGGAAAAGAAAGAAUGUUCCCGGUUUUUGCAAAGAUGGCUAAGCAAGUGCUAUCAAUGCCGGUUUCAACGGUUGCCGUGGAACAAGAAUUUAGUUCGACCGGCAAUGUCUUAACACAAACCAGAACGAGGUUGAGCGUUGAAUCUCUUGAGAUGCUUAUAUGCUACCACGAUUGGUUGAAAGCAGCCCGUAGAGCUCAAGAAAUUGACAUUACCCCAUCCCAACACUUUAUGGAUGAAUCUACAACCGAGGAUGGCUCUACCUAUGCCGGAGAUUCCGAUUGAAAUAUUGAAUUAUUGAUUAGUAUUUCAUGUUUUAAAAACAAUUAUAGUUCCUAUUUAAUUUUCAAAUGUAGUUCCUAUUUCAUUUCAAAUAAAU